CCCGCUCUGCGAAUCGAUUUGUUGGGCGGCGCGACUGACCGCAGUAAACAACACCUGCGGCAGCAACAAACCCAAACACCUCCUUUCAUUGGAACGGAAUCCCUUGAUUUGAUCCGCCAGUCGUUUCAUAUCGGUCAGGUUAGGAGCCAUGGAGUCUUUCAACAACUUUUCGACCGCGACCGCGACCGCGUCGGCUUUCAAGGUCGCCGAGGCCUCCGUCGCCGUCGCGACUCUCAGGGAGUUCGUCAAGGGUAUGAGCUGGUGGACCGUCGCUGCGACUUCUCUCGCCAUUCUCUUGGUUGCUGAGCAGAUUCGUUAUUUGAACCGCAAGCAGGGUAUUGCUGGUCGUGCAUGGACUAUCCCAAUCGUUGGAGAGUUCCUUGCGUCAAUGCACCCCACCUUCGAGGGUUACCUCGCCAAAUGGGAAUCUGGACCUUUGUCCUGUGUUUCCGUUUUCCACAAGUUCGUUGUCAUCGCUUCUACCCAGGAGCUCUCCCGCAAGAUUCUUAACGCGCCUGCUUAUGUCCAGCCCUGUGUCGUCGAUGCCGGAAAGAAGAUUUUGAAGCACACCAACUGGGUCUUCCUUGACGGUAAGGCUCACGUCGAGUAUCGUAAGGGAUUGAACAACCUUUUCACCCGCAAGGCUCUCGGUGUCUACCUCCCCGCCCAGGAGCAGGUCUACGAUGAGUACUUCAAAGAGUUCCUCGCCAUGUCUAAGGAGAAGCACGUUCCCUACAUGAACAUCUUCCGUGAGAUCAAUGUCGCUGUUUCUUGCCGUACGUUCUGUGGUGACUACAUCACUUCUGCGGCUAUCAAGGCUAUCUCGGAUGAUUACUGGCGUAUUACCGCUGCUAUGGAGCUCGUUAACUUCCCGCUCGUCUUGCCUUACACCAAAAUCUGGUACGGUGUCCAGGCUCGCAACCGUGUUUUGGCUGAGUUCGAGGCUUCGUCCGCUAAGUCUCGCGCACGUAUGCAAGCCGGCGAGGAGCCCAACUGCAUGAUGGACGCUUGGAUCAAGGAGAUGAUCGAGGCCAAAGCUUUCCAGGAGAAGGGUGAUGCCAACUCCGCCGGCCACGCACCCAUCCUCAUCCGCGAGUUCUCCGACUCCGAGAUUGCCCAGACGUUCUUGUCCUUCCUCUUCGCUUCCCAGGACGCUACCUCCUCCGCUAUGUGCUGGCUCUUCCAGUACCUCGCCGAUCGCCCCGAGAUCCUCGAUAAAGUUCGUGAGGAGCAGCUCGCUCUCCGCGAUGGUGACCGUAACAAGCGUAUGGAUAUCGACAUGGUUGAGAAGAUGACUUACACCCGCGCUGUCGUCAAGGAGACUUUGCGCUUGAGGCCCCCUGUGUUGAUGGUUCCGUAUGCUGCGAAGAAGGAUUACCCCAUUACCCCCGAGUACACCGUUCCCAAGGGAUCGAUGAUUAUCCCCACUUUCUGGCACGCGUUGCACGAUGAGGAGGCGUACCCCGAGCCCAACCACUGGAACCCUGAGCGCUGGACUGAGGGUAAGGCCGAGAGCUUCCCGAGGAACUGGUUGGUUUUCGGAACUGGUCCUCAUGUUUGUUUGGGUCAGCAGUAUGCGGUUAUGCAUUUGAUGGCUUGUGUUGGUAAGGCUUCGAUGUUCCUUGACUGGGAUCAUUUGCGUACCCCUACUUCCGAUGACAUCCGCAUUUUCGCUACUACCUUCCCUAUGGACGACUUAUUGCUCAAGUUCUCUGAGAGGGCUGCUUAG